GUGUGCAGCAUACUUUCGAAAAUGUUAAACUAUUGCAGAUAUCCAUGCACCCGACUGCAGCAGUGGAGUUUUCAUCGAAGGAAGAAGAAAGCCCCCAGGAUGAAGACGAUUCCAAAGCAGCAGAAGAGGCAGAAGCCAAGGAAGAAGAGGAGAAGACGCUGAAUGAACUCGUGGACGUUUUGCAAGACAUGGUGCAAGAUAUCCCCACAGAAAAGGCAGAACUCCCCCUACACACCAUCCUCCUACCGACUGUCCCCCUACCGACUGAACCACCGGAGGUCGCGUCAACAGUCCUGGAGGUCGCGUCAACAGUCCUAGAAGCUUCCCAGUCGGAAACAGCCAGCACCGUUUGGGUCGAUUUGAAGUCAACGCCUCAGGAAGAAGAAGUGGAGACACCAGAAACCGUUGUCGUGGCCGACCAAAUUACCCCUGGCAGCCCAACAUCCAUUUUGGAAAUGCAGAAAGGCACAAGUGAACUUGUUGUUCAGCAUACCGAUCAGACCGCUACAGAAAAACCACUGGUUAGUGUUUCACUCUUUAUAAAAAAGUCUACUACCAAAAAGAGCGUUAAGAACUUUGAUCAGCUGACAAAUGGAGCCCUAUCAAAUCUGGAGCAGUCUCUGGAAAACGUUGAGAAAUUAGAUGGGAUACUUGAUACCUUCACUAAGAAACCAGUGGACCAGGAAAGUGAAGAGGGGAAGGUGCAUAAGAAGAAGCUAACUGCGGAGGAAAUCUUGGACUUGAUUGAAAAACUAAUCGAAACCCUAAAAAGUACACCGUCCUUCGUGAAAGAAGAUCGAAAUCUCUAUAAAUACAUCCAGACAGCAGAGACCUACAUUAAAGAGGCUCUGGAGCUGACGGAAAAAGCAGAGAAGAAGGUGCAGCAGGAGACUCCUGUCUUGCCUUCCACACACCCACCUGCACGAGAGAAGGAAAUUCUCGUGGUGCACACCCCAGAACCUUUGCCAGUGCCCGUCCCAGAACCUUUGCCGGUGCCCACCCCGGAACCUUUGCCAGAGCCCACCCCGGAACCUUUGCCGGUGCCCACCCCAGAACCUUUGCCAGAGCCCACCCCGGAACCUUUGCCGGUGCCCACCCCGGAACCUUUCCCGGUGCCAACCGUGAUCGUCCACUCAAUAUCACCUCCACCUGUGCCUCUAGCCGAAAAGGUAGAAGAUGCCCAAGUGGAAAUGGGGAAGUUAAAAGCAUUUAUUAACUUGCUGUAUGGCUUUAGUCCCCAUCUGACCACGUACACACAGAAUGCGGCCCAUAAAAAAGUGGCGGAGGACAUUGUGGAGAGAGCCCUGGCCGUCCUUCAUGCCAUAAAGAGCGUUUUCUGUGGAAGCGAAGAAGCUCGGAGCAAACAAGCCCUCAAAGAGCUGCUGAAGGAGGACAUGGAGCUCGUGAACCAAGCCAUGAAGACGAAGAGAGUCUCUUAAGAAGAAAGACCCGUCUUGUUUCUUGGUAGCGUAGCUGUUUCUCAUCAAACACGUGUCUGAUCAGAGGCCCCUUUGUA